AUCUGUCAUUUUGGUUUUAAUUUUUUGCAGUUUUGUACAUUUGCUUUGUAAAAAUAUAUUGUCGGCGUUUUUUCGCAAAAUACCUGGUUUCAAAUUUUAUUUAAACUUGGAAAAAUGUCCGAUACAAAUAAAAACGAUGACACUUCUGAAUCUGAAGAUAUCCCAACUACCAAAUCUAACACAAUAGAUGUAACUCACUUAAGUCUUGCAUCAGCUGCUGCCGCAGCUCCUCAAGAAGAACCUCCUAGAAUCGAUGAAGUUGUUCUAAUCGAUCCAGAAUGUUUGGUUCUCGAUCUGAAUCAUCAUCGUAUUGGAGUUCUUGAGAAUUUCGAGCCCCUAACCAAAAUCGAGAGUUUGUAUUUAAGAUGGAAUUUAAUAAAGAAAAUCGAAAACCUCGGCACAUUGACCACAUUGACAGAACUCGAGUUUUACGACAAUCAAAUUACCAAAAUCGAGAAUCUCGAAACAUUAACAAAUCUGGAAAUACUGGACAUAAGUUUCAAUCGUCUAACAAAGAUUGAGAAUCUUGAGGCCUUGGAAAACCUAAAAAAGUUGUUUCUGUGUGCCAAUAAAAUCAGUGUUAUCGAGAAUAUUGGAAUGCUGACGAAUUUGACGAUGCUAGAGUUGGGCGAUAAUAAACUGAGGCAAAUCGAAGGUCUGGAGACCUUGGUAAAUCUGCGUCAAUUGUAUCUGGGCAAGAAUAAAAUCAAGAAGAUCGAGAACUUGGAGAAACUUGUCAAUCUGGAGUGCUUGAGUUUGCAGGCAAAUCGCAUCCUAAAGAUUGAAAAUCUGGAAGCUUUAGUUAAUUUAAAUGAGUUGUACUUGUCUGAGAAUGGAAUUGAAGUAAUUGAAAAUCUAACAGAGAAUAAACUCAUUGAAACAUUAGAUCUGGCUAAGAAUAGAAUCAAACGCAUAGAGAACAUUGAUGGAUUAGCUGAUUUGGAUGAGUUAUGGUUGAAUGAUAAUCAAGUCGCAGAAUGGAAGAACGUAGAGCAGCUAAAGAAUAAUAAGAAACUUGCUACGGUUUAUCUAGAAAGGAAUCCAGUUGCUAGCGAUACUAUGUAUAGAUUUAAGUUAAAAGAUAUUGUACCAUGGUUGCAGAAGAUCGAUGCGACAUUGUGUCGAUAACGUUUUAACUUCUAAUUUGUGUGUUUAAUUUGGUAUUGUUGCUUAUUAAAGCAACCUCUAUUUACUUUUUCAGUGUAAUUCUAGAAAUAAAAUUGAAUCCUAACAAAAAUAUA